AUGCGAGCCCACAUGGCCGGGGCGGGUGGCCCGGCUCUCCGGGCAGCAGACAGCGGCUCACAGCCCAGACUGGAACGCAGCAACCCCGGAGCUCCCUCCCAGGCUUUCGGCUGCAGCAUCUUCCCCUCCAGCACGGCCACAGCGGCCCGGCGAGCUGGUGCCGCCCUGCAGCGGGAGGAGAGGGGGGACAUCACCUGCCCGCUGCUCUUCAUCCAGCUCAACCAGCUCCGGAGCACCCCGGCGGGGCUCGAGUGGAGGGAGAUGGCCAGGUGGAUCAAGUUUGAGGAGAAGGUGGAGGAUGGUGGGGAGCGCUGGAGUGCCCCCCAUGUCCCAGCUCUGCCCCUGCACAGCCUGUUCCAGCUGAGGACAUGCCUGCAGAAGGGGACACUGCUCCUGGAUCUGGAUGCCACCAGUUUCAAGGAAAUAAUUGACAAAGCACUUUGUGAGGAAGCAGAGCUGCAGCCUGCACUGAGAGAGCGCCUGGCAGCCCUCCUGCUCCUCCAGCCACAGCACCAGCCUACAAAAUCCCUGCUGCAGCUCCUUGCUGAGCUUGGUGUGUCUCCCUGCCGAGGGAAAGGCAAAGGCAGGUCUGAGCCCAGAACCCAGGUCUCCAAAACACCUCUUAAGGAGCAGCUCAGGAACAGAUUCAAGAAGAAAGUCCCACCAGGGGCUGAGGCAGCCCACGUUGCUGUCGGGGAAGUUGAAUUCCUGGAAAAGCCCUUCACUGCCUUCAUUCGCCUCAGGCAGGGGGUGUCCCUUGGCUCACUGGCUGAGGUUUCUCUUCCAAGCAGGUUCCUUUUCUUCCUGCUGGGCCCCCCCAGACUGAAAGCCUACCACGAGGUUGGCAGGGCCAUGGCCACACUGCUGACAGAUGAGCUCUUCCAAAGAGUUGCCCGGCAGGCUGAGCACCGAGAGAACCUCAUGGCAGGGAUGGAGGCGUUCCUGGAUGAGCUGGUUGUGCUUCCUCCUGGCAAAUGGGACCCUGGGGCCCGAAUUCCUCCACCGAGCUAUCUGCCAGCUCCACGCAGGAGUGGGGAGGAGCUGGAGAGGACAGGCAGGCUUUUUGGGGGGCUGCUGCGAGACAUCCAGAGGAAGGCACCGUGGUAUGGCAGUGACUUCACCGACGCCCUGCACCCCCAGUGCCUCUCAGCAGUGCUGUACAUCUACCUGGCCACAGUCACCAAUGCCAUCACCUUUGGGGGCAUGCUGGGGGAUGCAACUGCCAACAUGCAGGGGGUGCUGGAGAGCUUCCUGGGCACAGCCUUUGCUGGCUUCACCUUCUGCCUCUUUUCGGGCCAACCCCUGACCAUCCUGAGCAGCACUGGCCCCGUGCUCGUCUUUGAGCGCCUCCUCUUCUCCUUCAGCCAGGAUCACAGCCUGGACUACCUGGAGUUCCGCCUCUGGAUUGGGCUCUGGGUGGCUUUUUUUGGAGUGGUGCUGGUGGCCACCGAGGCCAGUCACCUGGUGGGGCACUUCACCCGCUUCACUGAGGAAGGCUUCUGCGCCCUCAUCAGCCUCAUAUUCAUCUAUGACUCCCUGAAGAAGAUGCUGAGCCUGGCAGAUGCCUUCCCCAUCAACUGGCACUACCGGCUGGACAACGUCACCUCCUACAGCUGCACCUGCAACUUGUCCAGCCCCGGUCACAGCUCUGCAGGGAAUGACACGUCACUGCCCUCACCCCUGGCUUGGCAGCCUCCUGCCACCCCAGCAGGGCUGAGCAGGACCCAGUGCCUGGAUCUAGGUGGGCAUCUCCUGGGCACCAGCUGCCAGUACGUGCCCGAUGUCACCCUCGUCUCCUUCCUGCUCUUUGGGGGCACCUUCCUCCUCUGCACCGCCCUCAAGCGCUUCAGGAGCAGCCGCUACUUCCCCGUGGGGGUGCGGAAGCUGGUGAGCGACUUCGCUGUCAUCCUGGCCAUCCUGGCCUCCUGCACUGUGGAUGCUCUCCUGGGCCUGGAGACCCCCAAGCUCCUUGUCCCCAGCGAGCUGAAGCCCACAAACCCAGCACGGGGCUGGAUCGUGUUCCCCUUUGGAGCCAACCCAUGGUGGGUGUGCCUGCUGUCUGCAGUGCCUGCUGUCCUUGUCACCAUCCUCAUUUUCAUGGACCAGCAGAUCACAGCUGUCAUCCUUAACCGCAGGGAGUACAAGCUGCAGAAAGGAGCAGGCUUCCACCUGGACCUCCUCUGCGUCUCCCUCCUGAUGGUUGUCACCUCUGUCACCGGCCUCCCUUGGUAUGUGUCAGCCACUGUCAUCUCCCUGGCACACAUGGACAGCCUGAGGAAGGAGAGUGCAACCUCAGCCCCUGGAGAGCACCCCGAGUUCCUGGGCAUCAGGGAGCAGAGGCUGACAGGCCUGGCUGUCUUCAUCCUGAUGGGAGUCUCUGUCUUCAUGGCCCCCGUGCUCAAGCACAUCCCGAUGCCGGUGCUGUACGGGGUGUUCCUGCACAUGGGGGUGACGGCCCUGAACAGCAUCCAGCUCACGGACCGCGUGCGGCUGCUCCUGAUGCCAGCCAAGCACCAGCGAGACCUGGCCUACCUGCGCCACGUUCCCCUGCGGCGGGUGCACCUCUUCACCGCCAUCCAGCUGCUCUGCCUGGCCCUGCUCUGGCUCCUCAAGUCCACCGUGGCCGCUAUCAUUUUCCCAGUGAUGUUGCUGGCGCUGGUGGGCAUCCGCAAGGGGCUGGAGCGCAUCUUCUCCCCGCACGACCUGAGCUGGCUGGACGGGCCCGCGCCGGGGGCGGCGGGAACACAGCCCCGGGAGCGACCGGAGCAGCGGGGCACAGCCGAGGAGUGCGAGCCGAUGCAGCGCCCGGGAGCGCAGAUCAACCUGUCCGUGAACUAG